AUGUCACUGGCUUUGUCUGAUCUAAAUCAAAAAGUUAAAGAUACUGAAAACGAGAAGCUUAGUUUAGUAACGGCCCUAAAAAUUUUAUAUCAAGAACAAAAACGUACCCCGCAAGACAAAGACCAAAUUCACACUCAUGCAAAUCUCGGCAAACAGACCAAUAAUAAUGGCGAGCAAACAUACUCUACGGUGGGUAAAAAUAAAAGGUCUAAUAUGAUUCCAUUUAAUCCAAAGAUAACGUAAGAAGUUAUUAACUUAGACUCUACCACACCGGAACAAUCUUACAAUGUUGUCACACGCAAUCGCUACGAAGUACUCGGUAAUGGAGAAGACCAAUAUAAUACCGCAGAACAACAAAGUAAAACAACUCAAACGUCCAGGGAGAUGCGACCCAAGACUAGCCGAAAAGUUUCUACUAAUGAAGACCAAACCAAAGCGUCAUCGGAGACUAGUCCCCGUACUUAUAAUUCGGGCAACCAACCCAGGCGUACAAUCAACGUAGCCGUUGCCGGUGACUCAAUGUUAAAGUACAUAAAUCCCUCCAAACUUAGUAAAAGCUUGAAACAAAAUGUCCACGUGAAAACCUUCCCUGGAGCAAAGGUUGCGGAUAUGGAGCACUACAUAAAGCCAACACUAGCACACGCUCCUGAGUACCUAGUUCUGCACGUUGGUACAAAUGAGUUAAGACAAAAAUCUCCUCGCCAAAUAGCAACAUCGAUAACUAAGCUCGGACAUGAAAUCUAUGCGAAUAUGCCAAAUACAAAAUUAAUCUUAUCUGAAGUAAUAGUUAGAAAUGAUGACCCUCAGCUCAUGAUAAGAGUCAAAGAAGUCAAUUCAAAAUUAUCACAGGUAUGUCUAAGCAAUAGAUGGGAUUUGCUAACUCAUGGAAACAUUUUAGUCAAACAUUUAAAGCCAUAUGGUGUCCACCUGAACAAACAAGGAACUGCAAUCUUAGCUAAGAAUCUUAGUGAUUUUCUAAAACUUAAAUAUUGA